AUUUGGUAUAAAUAGCCAAUUUUUCUUACAAAGUUUUCUUUGCAUUUAUCACAUUUGGAAUCAUCGAUUGGAAAUUGAAAAAAAAAAUUUAAACGUGAAUUACAUGAUUAAAUUAGACCAUCAUCAUGUUUGCCCGAUACAUUGUAUUGAUAGCGGUUUUUAUUGGCUCAACAUGGACAUUACGUACAACAUCGGAUUGUGAUAUUAAAAAAGCCAUUCAAGAAUGUUUAAAUCUUGGUUUCCUAUUGGAAUCGAAUGCAAAACGAUUUCAAGGAUUUCCAACAACAAUGUCAACAUUGAAUGAUAAAUGUAAUGAACUGAAACGUUCAGAACAAUGUGCAACAAAUUUCAUUAAUCGUUGUUCGGAUAAUACAUUCGAAGAACGUAUAUUGAAUCAUCUUUUGGAAGGAUCUAAUCGUGUUAUGAAACGUUUAUGUCGAACUAAUGGCCGUAAAAAAGAAUUACUUACACAUGUUGGCUGUGCUAAUUCGGUUGUUGAUGAUACAUAUCGUUGUAUUGGUGAUUAUCAGAAAUUAGUAUUUGCAGCAAAUAAAUUUAAUGAUAAACAUAAAAUUCUACGAAUUCUUUGCUGCAAAAUUCGUCAAACAAUACCAUGUGUAGGUAAAGCAAUGCGAUCAAAAGGAUCAUCAGUUUGUUCCAAAGAUGAUAUCGAUUAUAUGCGUGAAAUGCAACAAAAAAUUCGUCUCGAAAUGACAUCGAUCGUAUGCGAUGAUUAUAAUCGUGAUAAAUGUGAAAAUGUUGAAAUACCACCAAUAACCGAUGCUGAAUAUAAAGGAAAAUCAUUAUAUGAACCAUUACGUGUAUUAUAUCGUAAAGUAGUUCGUGAAUAAUGUUCAUGAAAUGUUAUGAUUUUUUUUUGUUUCUUUAAAUUUUUCAGUAGCA